AUGGCGUUUCUCCGAACAGUAAUUUUGCUGCUCAGCACGCUGGGGCCUAUAGUCGCAGCGUCAUCCCCGGGCCGGAACAAGAAGUCUUGGUCACCAAUCAAGCACAUUGGUGACGGCGGGAGUCUGGGAUCUGUUCUAUCUGGCGCUGUUGCCACCAAGGACUUGUUGUUUAUUGGCGGAACGACUCCGAGUGUUAACGGUACUGUUCCCGAGGGCAUCGAAGCGCAGGCUACCGCUGUGAUCAACAACAUUGCCGCUAUUCUUGAAGAAGCCGGCACAUCAUGGGAGAACGUCUUGAAGACAACGGUUUAUCUCGCCUCCAUGGAUGACUAUGCGGCGAUGAAUGCAAUUUACGGAAGCAUGCUACCCAACCCUAAGCCGGCCCGGUCGACGAUUGAGGUCGGGCUACCCUUGAACUUUUCGAUUGAGAUCGAGGCAGUUGCCGCCCUGCCUCCUUAUUAG